AUGUCUGCUGAAUUUGAGGCCUUAGUUGAUCAAGGCACGUGGACUCUAGUUCCACCUCAUCCCACUCAAAAUCUUCUCGGCUGCAAAUGGUUGUAUAAAUCCAAAUUCAACCUGGAUGGAACGUUCACUCGUCACAAAGCUCGUCUAGUUGCACAAGGAUUCAAACAAGAAUUUGGUAUAGAUUAUACAUAUACUUUCAGCCCGAGUAAAGCUGAUCCAGCUUUAUUUCUCUACCAUAAGGAGCAGACACAGCUAUACCUCUUGGCCUAUGUAGAUGAUCUUCUACUCACGGGAAAUGACCAGAUUGAAAUAGAAAAAUUGCUGACCAAUCUUAAUUCCCAGUUCCGGAUGAGAAACCUUGGUACCGUUUCUCACUUCUUGGGAAUUCAAGUGAUACCUUACUCUACCGGACUGCUGCUCUCUCAGUCACGGUAUAUUACCGAAAUCUUAAACAAAGCAGGAAUGCUGGAUUGUAAACCAGCUCUUAGCCCUUUAUCAACUAAACUUCCGAUCCCUUCUCAUGAGUCGCAACUGUAUCCUCAUCCGCAACUCUACAAACAGCUCGUGGGCUCUCUACAGUAUGUGACAAUUACACGACCGGAUGUGGCUUAUGCAGUUAAUUAUUUGUGUCAACAUAUGCACCAGCCAUAUUUACUUCAUUUUCAGCAUCUGCAAAGAGUCUUAAGAUACCUGAAAGGCACAACACAUUACGCUUUCCCUAUUAUAAGCAGCACAUUAAAUCUUCGUGCUUUUGCAGACUUUGACUGGGCUGCUAAUGUCCAAGACUGUCGCUCUAUUUCAGGUUUUUGCACCUUUCUUGGGGACAAUCUACUUUCCUGGUCAGUCAAAAAGCAACCUACAGUUGCUCAUUCAUCAACUGAGGCGGAAUAUCGGGCAUUAGCUACUCUUGCUAGUGAUAUCCUUUGGCUGCGUCAGCUCCUUGCUGAUUUUAUGAUUUUAACUCCUCAGCCUACUCCUAUUUUCUGUGAUAAUGUUUCUACAAUAGCACUAGCAAACAAUCCUGUUUUCCAUGCCCGAACUAAACACAUUGAGGUCGAUUAUCAUUUUAUACGGGAUUGUAUUAAAGGGCAACAUGUCACGGUGCAUCAUAUCGCUUCUCACGACCAAAUAGCCGAUAUAUUUACCAAAUCUCUAUCGGCUAGCAGGUAUCAACUUCUUCGUUCCAAGCUGACGAUUCUUGAGCCAUCAUCACCUUGA